GCGAAAGAGACUGCGAAGAUGGCGUCGCAGGAGACCGAAGCUUCUCCGCAAACCAAUGGCGAGGUAAAAAUGAAUUAAAUUGUAUGACUUUCUUCAAUGUGUGAAUGUACCAAUAUCGGCAUAUGGUUAACUAGAGUAGUGAGUCGCACUGCAGACAUGUUAUUGAAGUGUGAUCAUUUCACACGCGAGCCUUUGACGUCGUCAAUGCCGGUCGGUUUAAAAACGACUCCUGCCUUUCACGGUGCGUUUGUUACAGCAUCUUGCAAGUUAGUUGUGUUAUUUUCUGAUAAGCGAACAGAACUGUUCGACAAACAUAUUUCAGAAAAAAAUUAUGAGGUCGGUACUUGGGGAAACAGAUCUCGUCAUGACUCAUGCCAGUGGAUGAUUGGGUUAGCCAGCUUUAAGCUAGUUAGCUAUUAGCUGGCUAACCUAGCUAGUUAGCUACAAGAGUGGCUAGCUAGACUGGCAAUGCUAUUUCGUCGGCCUAUGUAGCUAGCUAACGUUCGUUAGCAGAAUAAUUUGUCCAACAUGACCUUAAUCACACGGCCUUCUUCAAUGGACUAAAGUUAUUACUUGAUUGACUAGUCUGCUGCCUAUCACUAUCAACUGUGUGCCAAACGAAUCACAGCCCGUCGCUGAGAAUAUAUCUAACAUCGAUGUGUUUUCUAGAUUUUGGUUAGUUAGCUAACGUUACUUAGAUAUGGAUGUUGCAUCUUAUUAGCUAGCAAGCAGAUCCGACCCGGUUGUGUACAGCUGCACUAGGGUCAGACAGGCUUCCUGUGUAGAUUAAGACACCGCGGAGCUGGCGCAAAAUAUGGCUUGGAAACAUAUCUCAAUCCAGGGAUGAGAAAUGUGUUGUGUUUUUUUCUGAUUAAAAUGAGUUAAUUGCAUCUGCCGUGGAGCCCAGUUUAAUAAUAAUACCAUAUUUCCCAGCUGCUUGCCAUAGUUUUGAAGUAAUCACAGAACAACAGCUCUUAUUAGUUGUAUUGAGCACCAUGGCACCAACUCCCCUUCCGAAUGUUCUAUUCCCAGCCUAUUGUUCUACGUCACAAUGCCUGCUUCGCUAUUGUUGGCAAUGAGACCUGCCCACGUUGAUCCAAUUGCUGGUAGUUAAAACGUCAACAACAACAAAAAAUUACUCAUGGAACUCUGAGGUCGUCCCAUUGUUUCCUAUAGGGGAAUUUUUUGAUUGUAUAUUUAGAUUUUUUCAAGUCGGAAACCAUUUUAAUCAUGAUAAUCUCCUCUUUCUAAUUAUGUAAGUCUGGGCAGCGAGCUCUGUUGUCAUCAAAUGCUAGCCCCAAAAUAAUUUUUGCCCUUGGAACGCUGAGCUCCCCCCAUUGUUUUCCUAUGGAGAGGCAUGCCGGUCUAUUUUGCCAAAUAUCUCACAAUGUGUAUAUUUAGAUUUUUUUUACGUCAGACACCAUUUAAAUCAGGAGAAUAUCCUCUUUGCAAUUAUGUAAGUCUGGGCAGCGAGCUCGGUUGUCAUCGAUCACUAGACCAGAACGAGUCUGAAGUUUUUGUUUUUUUCCAUACUUUCUCAUUACGUAGACAUAAGCACAGUUGACACCGUCGAGGUGCGGAUGUUUACUUUCUAUGCAAUUUUUUUUUUGCCAGUUUCGUCCUAAGAACAGAUUGUAGUAGUAAUAUAAAAGGAUACAAUUUUUGUGUGCUAUUUAGGCGAAAUGGAAUUCUAAGCAUCACUCCAGUCAGAAGAGGCUCUUCGAACAUUUGGUUCAAUUCAUUUGCUAUGGGCUCGCGCUAGUGUUCCAGCUUAGCCAAUGUUCUAUUGCCGUUUUUCAGCCUUGGGUGAAUUUUGACUCGUUCUAUUGUCCAGCCUACCAUUAUCCCAACUGUUACACUAAGAAGUUUGCUGGACGGGUUAGCUAAAAGGAUUAGGUAACAUGCAAAGUAGUUAAAAAGUAGUAAGUAGUUGAAAAGUUGCUAAAAUGCUUUGGUUGUCCGUGAUGAGACUCGAACUUGCGACCUUUGAGUUGCUAGACAUUUGCGUUAUAUGCCCAUUCAUCCACCCUAACCAACCACCCUGCUUUAAUUUUUGCCUUAAGGAACCAUCUGUCUUGUGUAACAUACCAAAUGUAAAACUGGAUUUACAAUUACUAUGUUACGUCUAGUCUAUGAGACCAGGCUGUUUUUCCGGAAAACUGCCCUUUUCAUCCUCAUGGUAGGUAGCAGAAGCCACAUCAGCCAUUUUGGAAUUGCGGUGUCAGCCAAUCUGCUCCUUUGUUGUUCAAUGCGACAUGCCAUUCCAUAAUGGCUGCUGUGGCUACUGAUAACUGUCGUUCAAUCUUCUCCUGUAACAGUUGGGAAAAUGGGACAAUUCCGAGUACAAAGUAUUUCUCAUCCCUGGAUUGAGGUAUGUUUUCCAAGUGAGACGCCGGCUAACCUAAACAAUCUACAUGGUAAGCCUGUCUGACCCAAGUGCAGCUGUAAGCAAGCGGGUCGGAUCUACUGGUUAGUUAUUAGCAAGCUAGCCACUGCUCAUCAGUUAGCGAGCUAAUGUUGACUUCAGUCAAACUCCAUGAGUUCCUUUUGCAAAUUGGAGGAACAUUUACCUGUGACAAUUUUUGUUUAGGCAGAGGCAAAAUGAGUACUCAUUUGCAUACAUACAUAGUUAUGCUUAGGUAGAAAAAGUUUUUCUGUCAUGUUGCAGAGCAAACAGCAAAACAUCAGUGCACAUGCAUGCCAAGGGACUGUCAUCCCCUUCUGAACAGAUCCCAUAAAUUAAAAUUUUUUGGUUCACGUGACAUUUGCUUUUCACUGCGAGACCACGCAUGUAAAUUUUUUUUUGAUUUGUGGGGCCUAAUAUCUUGCUGUGUCUCAACAAGCCUCCUGAUUUGACAGGUGUGUUCAGUUAUUAAAACGACUUCAAAUGCCUCAUCUAGAGGCCCUCUUACCACGCUAGCCUUCAGAGUGGUGGUCCUCAGGGCUUGUUUGCGCAGAAACUCGUGAAUGCAGUGGAUUAUCAACUGGGAGUAUCUCCCUCUCAUAGGAACCAGUUUGGUCCUCAUCUCAGAUACUGUCACUCAUCUCACCAAUAAGGAAUGCUACAGGAGCCAAGGCAGCAGCUGUCUUCCGAUUCCCCCAUUAAAGAUAGACAGAUAAGGGCUGUCUUGCCUCAUAGCAGUAGGCACAGCCAUUUGUUGUUUUGAACUUUUUUACUCUGUGUCCCAUUGGCAGAAUUGAAUGAGUAGUAGUGGGUUAAAUGCUAACCCCAGUUGGCAAUGUGAGUUGUAAGGAUCUCUUACUGGGGAAAAUAACAUUCAGUUGGAUCCUGUGUAAUGGUUAUCUUGGGGUGACUUCGAGAACAAAACAGCAUCUGCCGCAGAUAAUGGAAUCAUUCCAGCCAGUUAACAUCAUAAGGAAACUGCUGCCUUCACGUGUAAGCACUCAUGCAGCACUGUUUAGCUUCAGCCUCUUAGUCCAUGGGGGUCACUGUGUUGACUGAAACCUUUUUGACUGUCAGUGCAGUUUGUUCCUAGAGGCUUGCUUUCCGUCUCUUUUGUGUUGGUGACAUGGAGGGGAGAUGUGAUUUUUCAGAUAGUGGGGCCUGUCUUGUGAGCUUGUCUUUUGUGCCACUGGACAAAAAUGCAACCCUGCUUGGGCUUUCUGACUAACACGUUCUUUGCUUGGAAUGCUUCCUUCAUGCUGCACUCUCCUCAAACCAUUUAACUUAAUUAGACAGGUUUUGCUUACACAUCAAAUCUUAUCACCCUAUCAAAGUAGCUACUUCAUCAUGGGUCAUAGUAGUGGGCUAACAGGGGAACAUGAAUGCAGUGUAAAUAAUUGAGAAGCCUAAGGAAAUCACUGUCUUUAUAAGUGACUCACCUAAUUCAUUGGUGGCUCUUGAAAUGAGUCCCAGACUGGAUAACCCCAAAGUGCCACAUUAAGUCACCCUGGUUGGGUCUUCUUUUUUGUCUUGCUCGCUUUAGGUAACAUUUAGCUGGUGCUGGUAAAUCAAUUAUCUUUUCUAAUAGUGUUCAUGGAAACUGCAAACUUUUGGGUAAAAUGUCCUACUUUCGACAAAACAAAAUAGACCAGAUAUGGGUGAAUUUGUUUUGGUGUCUGUAACCACGUUUCCAUCCAGUUUUUGUGCAAGUAAAAUCACGACAGCUGUGAUGGAAACAGGACGUUUCGGUACAAUUUUAUAAAUGCAGACAGACUAGGGAUGUUAACGGUUAACCAUUUGACCGGUCAUGCUAUAGGUGAAUUUGCAUCAUUUAGUGGAAUUAAAUACAGAGGCUAGUUUGACGAGCAGAAUAGCCGAUCACCUGUCACACAGCGCAAGAGUAGCUCCUCAAAAAGCCUGUACUGAUGAGAAAUGUGCUUUUGUCAGCCUAGUCAUUGCACAGCAAAUAACAAUUCUGAAUGCAAUUGCGGGUUAAACUUUUAUUUCUCAAUCUCAACUCGUAACUAAAGCACGCCUCCCAUUUGAGUGCAAAGGCUAUAGUCAAUGGUAGGAAGGCUAUCAGCGCGUCACCCACCACUUUGCAAUGUGAGCUUGUGGCAGUAUAUUGGUUUGAAACCUGAACGUUUGACUUUACUUCAAAUCAUGAGCCGUGUCUUACCUUGCUUUAAAGUAGGCGUGCGAAAAUGUGGAGGUAAUUAUUAUAUAAAGACUUCCUCAUGCCAUAAACCAGCAUUUCUCUCCUGUUCAAUUGGUUUUCAUAUCAACUUUCUUUCAAUGUCCAGAAGCCAAAGGCAUAAUCCUAGUCAUAUUAGCAACCCAUCCUAGUUGUUGCUAUUAGAUUCCCCCUCUUUCUAAGUUUCUAACUGAGAUUUCCAUCUCUGACACGUAUGGAACUGCUAGCAUUAGGUGCGCUGUUUAGAACAGUUUUUUCAAAAUUCCCGUGAAUUGCGUUUUGGCAAAUGUUUUAAAAUGACGUUUUAUUAGCUGCUUCAUCACAGGAGUUGCAUGUUAAAUAAUAGGCUAUAGCCUUUUGACUGUAUGAGGCUCUUAAUGAAAAAUGUCCGGUCCUUUCAUGUAUUUGAGAGGAAGAGGCGAAGCAAGAGGUUUCACUCUCGCCAAAAUCUGUAAAAAAAAAUAUGCCCAAUGGCUUUCUGUGGGCUUGUCGCCUGCCUUCCAGCCUUGGGACGACUCCCAUUGUUAGUGCGGAGACUAAGCAUAUCAUCAUUAUAUACAGAUCUCUGAUAGUAUUUUCUGUUGGGCACCUCAUGUUACUGUUUGGGGAAAAUGUAACCGUUUGUUGACCGGUUAUUGAGGGUCAGUUAGGUGGCAGCAAAAUUUACCGACAUUUGCAUCCCUACGACAGACAAAUUGUUCGUUCGACAUGGUGAGAUCUUUUUGUGUCUGUAAAAUGUUUUAUGCGAGAAAUGGCAGUGGAAACGGCUUUAUGCGCAAAUAUUGAUAUAAAAACCAUCAUAUCGAAGUAAACUUGGAGUCACGCGAUGAUAUGUGCUCCUCCCACUAUGACUCGGAAAACCAUGCAGUUUAUUCAGCUAAAUAAAUUAUGAUGACCUUCACAGGGUGGUGAAAGUGCAAAGUGAUGAGCUUGAUGCUCCUUUACAAUAAAUAUUGAGGGUCUUAUUCUGGUGACAUGAUGGCCGUUAGACAAAUUUAAAAUAAUCUCACUCUUUUGUCAAUGAUCUCAUCACGUAGGCCAGGGUUCUUCAAUUCCGGUCCUGGAGGGCCGAAACGCUUCUGUUUUUUAUUUCUACCUGGUAGUUAAUUGCACUCACCUGGUGUCCCAGGUCUGAAUUAGCCCCUGAUUAGAAGGAGAGGAUGAAAAACAGAAAUGUUUCGGUCCUCCAGGACCGGAAUUGAAGAACCCUGACGUAGGCUAUACCCGCACUAUAUCUGCGAGCUGUUGGAUAGAGCGCACGUGGCAAUACCAGAGUGGGUACAUUCGCUAUAUAACGCAACAUUUAAACCAUCAGUAGAGUUGGAAAUGCGAUAGAAACCCAUUUUAGAGUUUAUAAUAUUCUCAUUAAUCUGUCACCUAGCUAGUGAAAUGGAUUAUGUUUUUUUUUGUUGUUAAAACCUAAACUCUCCUUUUGUCAGUGUUGUCUAGUGAGCAUGCACCAAGACAAGAUUGGGCAAGUUUGCUAUUGAUAUCAACAGUUUUUGUGUCAAAUCCGAAGGAAUCACAUUGAACUUUUUAUUAAGUUCAUGGAAACUUAUGCGGAAAAGGUGCUUUUUAUGUGCACUAGGCUAUGUCAUCACGCACAGCUUUUCAUCCGUAACAAGCCAGUUUGAGAGAAACACUUCUGUAAAAAUGUGCAUAUAUUUUUGGGGGGAUAUUUUGCUAGUGGAUGGAAACCUAUCUUAGGAUUCCCUGAUUUGAUGUAGUGUGUGUGUCUGUGUGUAGGUGAGCAGCAAUGGAGCUGCUGCAGCCGUGGAUGGCCAGGCUGUACAGACUGCUGCUGGGGACCCUGCACAGCAACAGCCGGCUCCACCACCCAACGCAUGGUCGGUCAUAAAAGGAGUCCUCUUCAGGUGGGUCAGAGAUGUGCACGCACACAUAUACACAGUGCAUUCGGAAAGUAUUCAGACCCCUUGACUUUUUCCCAUGUCUUGUUACGUUACAGCCUUAUUCUAAAAAUGAUUAAUAAAACGUUUUCCUCAUCAAUCUACACACAAUACACCAGGUUUUUAGAAAUGUUUGCAAAUGUAUUAAAAAUAAAAAAAACAGAUACCUUAUUUACAUAAGUAUUCAGACCCUUUGCUAUGAGACUCAAAAUUGAGCUUGAGUGCAUCCUGUUUCCAUUGAUCAUCCUUGAGAUGGUUCUACAACUUGAUUGGAGUCCACCUGUGGUCAAUUCAAUUGAUUGGACAUGAUUUGGAAAGGCACACACCUGUCUAUAUAAGGUCCCACAGUUGACAGUGCAAAAACCAAGCCAUGAGGUUGAAGGAGUUGUCCGUAGAGCUCCGAGACAUGAUUGUGUCGAAGCGCAGAUCUGGGGAAGGGUACCAACACAUUUCUGCAACCUUGAAGGUCCCCAAGAACACAGUGGGCUCCAUCAUUCUUAAAUGGAAGAAGUUUGGAACCAGUAAGACUCUUCCUAGAGCUGGCCACCCGGCCAAACUGAGCAAUCGGGGGGAGGUGAUCAAGAACCUUAUGGUCACUCUGACAGAGCUCUUGAGUUCUUCUGUGGAGAUGGGAGAACCUUCCAGAAAUACAACCAUCUCUGCAGCACUCUACCAAUCAGGCAUUUGUGGUAGAGUGGCCAGACAGAAGCCACUCCUCAGUAAAAGGCUCCGUUUGGAGUCGCCAAACGGCACCUAAAGGACUCUCAGACCAUGAGAAACAAGAUUCUCUGGUUUGAUGAAACCAAGAUUGAACUCGUUGGCCAGAAUGCUAAGCGUCACGUCUGGAGGAAACAUGGCAGCAUCCCUACGGUGAAGCAUGGUGGUAGCAGCAUCAUGCUGUGGGGAUGUUUUUCAGCGUCAGGGACUGGGAGACUAGUUAGGAUCGAGGGAAAGAUGAACGGAGCAAAGUACAGAGAGAUCCUUGAUGAAAACCUGCUCCAGAGCGCUCAGGACCUCAGACUGGGGCGAAGGUUUACCUUCCACAGGACAACGAUCCUAAGCACACAGCCAAGACAACACAGGAGUGGCUUCGGGACAAGUCUCUGAAUGUCCUUGAGUGGCCCAGCCAGAGCCUGGACUUGAACCUGAUCGAACAUCUCUGGAGAGACCUGAAAAUAGCUGUGCAGCGACGCUCCCCAUCCAACUUGACAGAGCUUGAGAGGAUCUGCAGAGAAGAAUGGGAGAAACUCCCCAAAUACAGGUGUGCCAAGUUUGUAGAGUCAUACCCAAGAAGACUCGAAGCUGUAAUCGCUGCCAAAGGUGCUUCAACAUAGUACUGAGUAAAGGGUCUGAAUACUAAUGUAAAUGUCAUAUUUCCGUUUUUGGAAAACAAAUCUGUUUCUUCUUUGUCAUUAUGGGGUAUUGUGUGUAGAUUGAUGAGGGAAAGAAUCGAUAUAAUCCAUUUUAGAAUAAGGCUGUAACAAAAUGUGGAAAAGGUCAAGGGGUCUGAAUACUUUCCGAGUGCACUAUGUGUAUGCGUGUGUGUGUGUGUGUGUGUGUGUGUGUAUGUAUAUAUAUAUUUACUUACUAACUUACUUACUUACUACCAGUCAAAAGUUUUAGAACACCUACUCAUUCAAGGGUUUUUCUUUAUUUUUACAGUUUUUUUUGUAGAAUAAUAGUGAAGACGUCAACACAAUGAAAUAACACGUAUGGAAUCAUGUAGUAACCAAAAAAGUGUUAAACAAAUCAAUAUAUAUUCAAAUAGCCACCAUUUGCCUUGAUGACAGCUUUGCAUCUCUUGGCAUUCUCUCAACCAGCUUCACCUGGAAUUAUUUUCCAACAGUCUUGAAGGAGUUCCCACAUAUGCUGAGCACUUGUUGGCUGCUUUUCCUUCACUCCCACACCAUAACACCACCUCCUCCAUGCUUUAUGGUGGGAAAUACACAUACAGAGAUCAUCCGUCCACCCACACCGCGUGUCACAAAGACACGGAGGUUGGAACCAAAAAUCCUCAAUUUGGAUUCCAGACCAAAGGACACAUUUCCACCGGUCUAAUGUCCAUUGCUUGUGUUUUUUUGGCCCAAGCAAGUCUCUUCUUCUUAUUGGUGUCCUUUAGUAGUGGUUUCUUUGUAGCAAUUCGACCAUGAAGGCCUGAUUCACAGUCUCCUUUGAACAGUUGAUGUUGAGAUGUCUGUUACUUGAACUCUGAAGCAUUUAUUUGGGCUGCAAUUUCUGACGCUGGUAACUCUAAUGAACUUAUUCUCUGCAGCAGAGGUAGCUCUAGGUCUUCCUUUCCUGUGGCGGUCCUCAUGAGAGCCAGUUUCAUCAUAGCGUUUGAUGGUUUUUGCGGCUGCACUUGAAGAAUUUUUCAAAUGUUCCAUAUUGACUGACCAUGUCUUAAAGUAAUGGUGGACUCUUGGCAUUUCUCUUUGCUUAUUUGAGCCGUUCUUGCCAUGCAUUCCAGGUGACUACCUCAUGAAGCUGGUUGAUAGAAUGCCAAGAGUGUGCAAAGCUGUCAUCAAGGCAAAGGGUGGCUAUUUGAAGAAUCUCAAAUAUAAAAUGUAUUUGGAUUUGUUGAACACUUUUUUGGUUACUACAUGAUUCCAUGUGUUAUUUCAUAGUUUUGAUGUCUUCACUAUUAUUCUACAAUGUAGAAAAUAGUAAAAAUAAAGAAAAACCCUUGAAUGAGUAGGUGUGUCCAAACUCUUGUAAAUGGCUAUUGUAGCUGGAAACAGCUGAUUUUUUAUGGAAUAUCUACAUAGGCGUACAGAGGCCCAUUAUCAGCAACCAUCAGUCCUGUGUUCCAAUGGCACGUUUUGUUUACUAAUCCAAGUUUAUCAUUUUAAAAGGCUAUUUGAUCAUUAGAAAACCCUUUUGCAAUUAUGUUAGCACAGCUGAAAACUGUUGUGCUGAUUUUAAAGAUGCAAUAAAACUGGCCUUCUUGAGACUAGUUGAGUAUCUGGAGCAUCAGCAAUUGUGGGUUCGAUUACGGGUUCAAAAUGGCCGGAAACAAAUAACUUUCUUCUGAAACUCGUCAGUAUAUUCUUAUUCUGAGAAAUUAAGGCUAUUCCAUGCGAGAAAUUGCCAAGAAACUGAAGAUCUCGUACAACUCUGUGUACUACUCCCUUCACAGAACAGCUCAAACUGGCUCUAACCAGAAUAUAAAGAGGAGUGGGAGGCCCCAGUGCACAACUGAGCAAAUAGAUUAGUGUCUAGUUUCAGAAACAGCUUCAUUAAAUAGUACCCGCAAAACACCAGUCUCGACGUCAACAGUGAAAAGGCGAUUCCAGGAUGCUGACCUAGGCAGAGUUGCCAAGAAAAAGCCAUAUCUCAGACUGGCCAAUAAAAAGAAAAGAUUAAGAUGGGCAAAAGAACACAGACACUGGAGAGAGGAAGAUUGGGGAAAAAGUAUUAUGGACAGACGAAUUGAAGUUUGAGGUGUUCGGAUCACAAAGAAUAACAUUUGUGAGACGCAGACAAAAUGAAAAUAUGCUAGAGAGGAGUGCUUGAUGCCAUCUGUCAAGCAUGGUGGAGGCAAUGUGAUGGUCUGGGGGUGCUUUGGUGGUGGUAAAGUGUGAGAUUUGUACAGGGUAAAAGGGAUCUUGAAGAAAGAAGGCUAUCACUUAAUUUUGCAACGCCAUGCCAUAUCCUGUGGACGCCGCUUGAUUGGAGCCAAUUUCCUCCUACAACAAUGAACCAAAGCACAGCUCCAAACUAUGCAAUAACUAUUUUGGGAAGAAGCAGUCAGCUGGUAUUCUGUCUAUAAUGGGGUGGCCAGCACAGUCAACGGAUCUCAACCCUAAUGAGCUGUUGUGGGAGCAGCUUGACCGUAUGGUGGUACGUAAGAAGUGCCCAUCAAGCCAGUCCAACUUGUGGCAGGUGCUUCAGGUAGCAUGGGGUGAAAUCACUUCAGAUUACCUCAACAAAUUGACAAGUAGAAUGCCAAAGGUCUGCAAGGCUGUAGUUGCUGCAAAUUGAGGAUUCUUUGACGAAAGCAAUGUUUGAAGGACACAAUUAUUAUUUAAAAAUAUAUAUAUUUCUAACCUUGUCAAUAACUACAUUUCCUAUUCAUUUUGCUAUAUUUCCUAUUCAAACUCAUUUCAUGAAUGUUUUCAUGGAAAACAAGGACAUUUCUAAGUGACCCCAAACUUUUGAACGGUUGUGUGUGUUUAUUUUUAUUUUAUUUUUAUUUUUUAUUUAUUUAUAUAUAUAUAUAUAUAUAUAUAUAUAUAUAUACACACACACAGUUGAAGUCGGAAGUUUACAUACACUUAGGUUGGAGUCAUUAAAACUCGGUUUUCAACCACUCCACAAAUUUUCUUUUUAACAAACUAUAGUCGGAUAGGACAUCUACUUUGUGAAUGACACAAGUAAUUUUUCCAACAAUUGUUUACAGACAGAUUAUUUCACUUAUAAUUCACUGUAUCACAAUUCCAGUGGGUCAGAAGUUUACAUACACUAAGCUGACUGUGCCUUAAAACAGCUUGGAAAAUUCCAGAAAAUGAUGUCAUGGCUUUAGAAGCUUCUGAUAGGCUAAUUGACAUCAUUUGAGUCAAUUGGAGGUGUACCUGUGGAUGUAUUUCAAGGCCUACCUUCAAACUCAGUGCCUCUUUGCUUGACAUCAUGGGAAAAUCAAAAGAAAUCAGCCAAGACCUCAGAAAAAAGAAUUGUUGACCUCCACAAGUCUGGUUCAUCCUUGGGAGCAAUUUCCAAACGCCUGAAGGUACCACGUUCAUCUGUACAAACAAUAGUACGCAAGUAUAAACACCAUGGGACCACGCAGCCGUCAUACCGCUCAGGAAGGAGACGCGUUCUGUCUCCUAGAGAUGAACGUACUUUGGUGCGAGAAGUGCAAAUCAAUUCCAGAACAACAGCAAAGGACCUUGUGAAGAUGCUGGAGGAAACGCGUACAAAAGUAUCUAUAUCCACAGUAAAACGAGUCCUAUAUCGACAACCUGAAAGGCCGCUCAGCCAGGAAGAAGCCACUGCUCCAAAACCGCCAUAAAAAAGCCAGACUACGGUUUGCAACUGCACAUGGGGAGAAAGAUAGUCCUUUUUGGAGAAAUGUCCUCUGGUCUGAUGAAACAAAAAUAGAACUGUUUGGCCAUAAUGACCAUUGUUAUGUUUGGAGGAAAAAGUGGGAGCUUGCAAACCAAAGAACACCGUCCCAACUGUGAAGCACGGGGGUGGCAGCAUCAUGCUGUGGGGGUGCUUUGCUGCAGGAGGGACUGGUGCACUUCACAAAAUAGAUAGCAUCAUGAGGAAGGAAAAGUAUGUGGAUAUAUUGAAGCAACAUCUCAAGACAUCAGUCAGGAAGUUAAAGCUUGGUCGCAAAUGGGUCUUCCAAAUGGACAAUGACCCCAAGCAUACUUCCAAAGUUGGAGUGGCCAUCACAAAGCCCUGACCUCAAUCCUAUAGAACAUUUGUGGGCAGAACUGAAAAAGCGUGUGCGAGCAAGGAGGCCUACAAACCUGACUCAGUUAUACCAGCUCUGUCAGGAGGAAUGGGCCAAAAUUCACCCAACUUAUGGUGGGAAGCUUGUGGAAGGCUACCCGAAACGUUUGACCCAAGUUAAACUAUUUAAAGGCAAUGCUACCAAAUACUAAUUGAGUGUAUGUAAACUUCUGACCCACUGGGAAUGUGAUGAAAGAAGUAAAAGCUGAAAUAAAUCAUUCUCUCUACUAUUGUUCUGAGAUUUCACAUUCUUAAAUUAAAGUGGUGAUCCUAACUGACCUAAAACAGGGAAUUUUUACUUGGAUUAAAUGUCAGGAAUUGUGAAAAAAUUACUUUAAAUGUAUUUGGCUAAAGUGUAUGUAAACUUCCGACUUCAACUGUAUAUAUUAUAGACAGCCCCUGUUUACUAGAAUUGGGGGGUGCAGUGUGUUUAAGUACUAUGGUACUUAAGUAGUACCGUUGAUGGUAAGGCUAUCCUUUAAUGGGGUCUGGGCCAAGCCCUGGUUUGACUGGGAUUAUGGCCUUCUCCCACUCUAAACUGCCACAUUCACCUAGAGUAGCUCGACAGACCUGCAGUCAAUUAAUUUACAAUGCCUAAUAUAUUUAAAUGCAGCCUUUGUAUUGUGGUGUCAUAUCAGGGGAUUGUUGACAGAGACAAAUUACGCUCAUUAGAGAGAAACCAGUUCACACUUCAAGCUACAGUGUUUAGAGUGAUAGGGAGGCAACCUUGGUUGUUGAGACAAUGACUAAGACCUUCAUUCAAGUCAAGCACAACAGCAGCAUCUAAUUUAAUGUCGGAGGUGUCCUGUCUUGAAUGUGUGCUGUUGUUGAAUUUUCAGUGUUUGCUAGAUAAUGUAACUUUUCUCAACCUAUUGGAAUCACCUCACACUCUGUUGGUCGUCUCAUGAGUGGAGACACAACCAGAAUGCUGGGGCCAGCGAGGGAUUAGAAUGACAUUGUUUGUUUAGGGUUCAUUAAUGAGUAUCAGGAGAGUUGGGUCCUGUCAUAAGCAGUACAGUGUGAGUUUCAUACUGUUACAACACAUUCCCGUGGAGUAUUUCAGUCAACUGAUACUUAAUGCUCAAAACACGAUGGCUUUGAAGAAGCCCCUGUUGUUUGCCUGACAGUAGUAGCUUGAUGGGAUACAAGACCAUCAUAUUAGGCAACAGGGUUAAAAUCAAAUGACAUUUUAUUUGUCACAUGCGCCAAAUACUUACAAGCCCUUAACCAAAAAUGCAGUUUUAAGAAAAUGGUGUUAAAAUAUUUACUAAAUAAACUAAAGUAUAAAUAAUAAACACAAUAAUAUAACAAUACAGGGGGUACCGGUACCGAGUCAAUGUGCGGGGGUACAGGUUAGUCAAGGUUAUUUGUACAUGUAGGUAGGGGUAAAGUGGCUAUGCAUAGAUAAUAAACAGCGAGUUGCAGCAGUGUAAAAACAAAGGGGGGGUCAAUGCAAACAGUCCGGGUGGCCAUUUGAUUAAUUGUUCAGCAGUCUUAUGGCUUGAGGGUAGAAGCUGUUAAGGAGCCUUUUGGACCUAGACUUGGUGCUCCGGUACUGCUUGGCCCCAGUGAUGUACUGGGCCGUAUGUACUACACUCUGUAGCGCCUUACGGUCGGAUGCCGAACAGUUGCCAUACCAGGCAGUGAUGCAACCAGUCAGGAUGCUCUCGAUGGUGCAGCUGUAGAACUUUUUGAGUAUCUGGGGACCCAUGCCAAAUCUUUUCAGUCUCCUGAUUGGGAAAAGGCGUUGUCGUGCCCUCUUCACGACUUUCUUGGUGUGUUUGGACCAUGAUAGUUUGUUAGUGAUGUGGACACCAAGGAACUAUAAUCAAUCCUCUCCAACAUCUGAUGUUAAAGAUAUAAAAAAACAAAAGCUUGUCUUUUAUCUCAACCUUUUUUUCAGACACACAUUCUUACUUUACGGUUGAUACUAAGUGGGAUCGUUGGGACUAUCCUCAACCCUAACCUAACAUUCACCCUUACCUUAACCGUUUUACAUUUCAACUUUAAUGGGGUGAUGUCAUUGGGGUGGUCCCAAUCAUAGAAAUAUAAUUAAUUUAAACUAACAUGACUUUCUUCUUCUCUUCCCUUGUCCUCUGCAGGAUCUUUGUCAUCUGGGCCAUCAGUAGCUGGUUCCGCAGGGGGUCCUCUACUCCAGACCCCAGUACCCCAGCAGGGGCGCCGCAUUUACCCAGCCGAAACCUUUUCCCCAAGGAAAGCCUCAUGGUAUGCCAGCCUUUUCACACCAUUCUGCAUAAGCAAUUAACCCCAGGUCAUGUGACUGUAUUGACUUCCUGAUUGACCUUUGGUCUGUUCCUGCCGCUCAGUGGUAGUUCUCUGGGUGAGUUGUGUGCACAACUAGUCUCCGUGGAUGAGCUUGAUCCUGGAUCGCUUGUUGACUUGCACUCAGUAAAUAGUGCACACUGCUGGACAAAGAAGCUGUGCCACAGCAAACAACCACCCAAAGUAGUACCAUAUGGACAAAUCAAUAGGAGAAUAUGGAAAUAGAAAACUGAAAUAAAUGUUAACCUGUUUUUUUUUUCCUGCCCUCAGGACCUGUAUGUGUACAUCUCCCAGGACGAGGUGUUCUCUGACUUCAACGACACACAGUCCCUGUUCUGGUUCCAUAGAGACCUGGUCUAUGGAGACUGGAACGCUGGAGAAGAGGGGGACGGCUGCUAUGAGCACUCAAUAGAUCUGGACAUCCCAGAGGUGAGGGGGGAGUCUGGGGAGGAGAGGGAGCAGGAGGGAGAAGUAAAGGUAGGAUGUCCAUUUCCUAAUCUCGCUCUCUCUCUGAUCCUACAUGCUACAGAAGGUGCAAAUGAAUGGUUCCUUCUACAUCCACGUGUAUUUCACGAAAACUGGAUUCCACCCAGACCCCAAACGCAAGGGCCAGUAUCGUCGGCUAGCGACAGUCCAUGCCACGCGAAGUAAGUAACUGACACACAGCCCCCUACUCUGGUGCAUGCUAGACCUUUUCAAACUAGUAUGUCAGUGGUUUGACUCACGUUUUCCUCUGACUCUUUCAGUGCUGAACAAGUUCAAACGCAGGAAGUUCGUGAAGACUAAGAACCUGCUGACGGGGGAGACUGAGACCGACCCGGAGAUGAUCAAGGUCAGCUGUGUUUACCAUGAUGAGUAGACCCCAUUCCUGUUGGGUCAGUAAACCCAGUCCACACAGUAUUGAUUGACUGCCGUUCUCCUUUUCCCUUCCCCAGCGAGCGGAGAGCCAUGGCCCAGUGGAGAUCAUCUCCCACUGGCACCCCAACCUCACCAUCAACAUGGUGGACGACCAUACAGCCUGGGUCAAGGGCUCGGUCCCCCCUCCACUGGACCAACGUAAGCUCUACCCACCUAUUCUCACGCUUCUCAGUGGGUCAUACCAGAGCAAAUACUAGGAGGGUUGAGAUCUAUUGCUUCAUUACAAAUAUCUAACUAAAGGUGAAAUUCCUUUUAGUUACGGUCUCAUUUUCUCAACCCAUAAUUUUUACCCUACAGAUGUGAAGUUUGACGCGGUGAGCGGCGACUAUUAUCCUAUCGUCUACUUCAACGACUACUGGAACCUACAGAAAGAUUACUACCCCAUCAAUGAGACCCUGCCGUCGCUGCCUCUGCGCCUCUCCUAUUGCCCGCUGUCCCUGUGGCGCUGGCAGCUCUACGCUGCCCAGAACGCCCGCUCACCAUGGAACUUCCUGCCAGAGGACACCUACGAGCAGUCUGACGAUGACCAGGACUCUGUCAAGGUCAGGGGUUCGAGGUCAUAGGCCGGGGGCAGGGUGUAAAUGGAGAAGGAGAUAUAGGUCUCUGUUCUGCUUUUGCUCCUCCAAUAUAGCACAUCAGAAUCAGUCUGGGCCCGGAGUCUAGACUCCAUGUUGUUUCCCUGGUAACAGUUGCUAAGGAACUGUGUUGUCUCUGUAGGUGGCCCUGCUGGAAACCAACCCGUACCUCCUGGGCGUGACCAUCGUGGUCUCCAUCGUACACAGCAUCUUCGAGUUCCUGGCAUUCAAGAAUGGUGAUCUCACUGUGCUUCUGUUUCCACAGCUUAGCUGCCUAUUAUAAGACCACUUUUGGAUAACAUGUAUUUUAUGGUGCGGUUGAAUGUUCUUUCUAUACUCAUCUGUGUGUGUGUCAGACAUCCAGUUCUGGAACAGCAGGCAGUCAAUGGAGGGUCUCUCUGUGCGCUCCAUCGUCUUCGGGGUGUUCCAGUCAAUGGUGGUGCUGCUCUACAUCCUGGACAAUGAAACCAACUUUGUGGUGCAGGUCAGUGGGUUUUCAUUUAUUUAAAAAAGGAUUCAAAUAAAGACUUGUCACCAGACCCCUUAAUGUAAUUCAUCAUAGCAGGCUCUGGACGCAUGUCAUUCAUGACCAUUGUACUAGAGCAGAGUGGUCCCUUUACUAAUCCCCAUCUUGUGUCCCAUAACAUCCAGGUCAGCGUGUUCAUCGGCCUGCUCAUCGACUUCUGGAAGAUCACCAAGGUCAUGGACGUCAAGGUGAGAUGGAGAACAGGUAUUUCAAUGUGUUUGUUUGCACAAAUGAAUCCUUGUUUGUUAGCUAAUCUGGAUGUCUGUCUCUCCCCAGUUGGACAGAGAAAACAAAUUGUUUGGGAUCCUCCCACGCUUAUCAAUAAAAGACAAGUCAACGUACGUGCAGUCCUCCACCAAAGCCUUCGACGAUGUAAGGAAACAUGUCAACACGACACAAUACAAUACCUUUAUUGAGCGCAAGCAUGGACAAUCUUGUACUGAUGUAUUUGUCCUCUCUUCGACCCUCUGUGUAGAUGGCCUUCAGGUACCUGUCAUGGCUGCUGUACCCUCUGUUCGGGUGCUAUGCCGUCUACAGUGUGUUGUACCAAGAGCACAAAGGCUGGUACUCAUUCGUACUGGGCAUGCUCUAUGGCUUCUUGUUAACCUUUGGUGAGUCACUGGUGGUCAUUGUUCAGAAGUGUGAAUUUUUGUAUAAAUUUUUUUUGGUCUGAUUUAUUAGGAUUUCCUAGUUUUCUGGUCUUGGAAAAUCAUCCUUCCCUCCCUUGUUUUCUAUGCUGUGAUGAUCAAAUUGCUAAAUAUCAGUUGCACAGUCUAGGACAUGUGGGAGUCUAUGCAGUCUUCAUCCUCAUUUACAUAGUCUGAUCCCUAUUGACAGUCUGUCCUAGCGGACAAUCUAGCCUUAUUGACCCAGAAGUCUAUCAUUAUUGAUAGUCUGUCCUUGUUAACACAUUAUCUCCUAAAUGACUAUCUUUAUUAAUUGACAUCCUAAUUGAUAUUCUCCCCUAAAUGACACUGUCGGAGACGGACUAAGUGUGAUGCUCGUUGUUUCGUCGAUCUGAUGCGUCGUCGUGUCUGCUUUGUGAUUGGCUCAGGUUUCAUCACGAUGACGCCACAGCUGUUCAUCAACUAUAAGAUGAAGUCUGUGGCCCACCUCCCAUGGAGGAUGCUCACCUACAAGGCACUGAACACCUUCAUCGACGACCUGUUCGCCUUUGUCAUCAAGAUGCCCAUGAUGUACAGGAUAGGAUGUCUCAGAGACGGUGCGUGUUAUCACUCACUGCCCUUCAACACACACAUUUCAUAGACUUAGUACAUUCCGGUUCUUAACAAUGACUAUCCCAUUGAUAUUAGAAAACCCUAGUUCCCUUAGGGGUUUAACGGUAUUCGUACCGAACCGUUCGGUACGGGGACCUUUGUUCGGGCUGCGCUGUGGACCCGAAUUAAUGCAUUUGUAAAAAAACAAAUAGGCUAUGCCUAUGCUGCAUUGUAUGCCUUUUGAGUACAUCUGAGCUGGAAAAACAACAGUUCAGGCUGUUCCGUUAAAACAACUACAGUGGUUCCUCAUUUAAGUUGCAUCAUACUGAGGUAUAGUGAACGGUAUGCUGUGAUGUGUAUCGGUGAGUUGCAGUGCUUGCCGUUAAUGCUCAUUUGAAACACUAGAGGGCAUGUUUGAGCAAAUCUACUCCAUCUAGUAUUUGUAUCAUUAUUUUAUUAAUGAAAAUACAAAGAUGUUGAUGAACAAUACUGUAUACUUCUUUCUAUUGGAUAUACAGUAUAUACUGUAUGUCAUGACCUAUUAUAAGGUUGUUUUGAUUAUGUGGAUUAUAAUAAAUUGUCAUUUGUAGGGGGUUGAUCAUUUUCGUCAAAUCAGGUCUGUGAUAUUGAGUUAGACGUUUCAAACUUUAGUCUUGUGUCAGGUGAACUGUUGUCAUCUUUUGGUCUGGUAAUUUCGUUCGAGCAUUUUAGUUAUACAAAUAAGUAACAAAGGGAGCCUUGAAUAAUUAAACAAUGAACUGCAACAAGUUGGCUAAAGCAAUUGCAAUCACGAAUGAAUGCGACUGUUUUUAAUCUUGGCUGUACUAUUAUUGUAUUUGUUGUUGUUCCAAAUCGUCUGCAUAAAAAAAAAAAAAGAAUUCCCUUCUCCCUGCUGCCAAUCGCCAGAUCUCAAUUCUUAUUAGCCAAUGCCCAUCACAUGAUCGGGUCCUUCUCACAGGCAUUGCAGCUUCGAAGUAGGCUACAAGUGAAGGCAGACUGAUGCAACGGCGCACGUCCUUAUCGAAUUCGGAGGCGCAUAUUAAAGUUGUUAGAAGAACUGUCCACAUUAACUUAUCGUCAGCCAACAAGAUGAGUAGGUCUAACGAACAGCAAAAGUACUAGCCUAUGUCAAUCUAGUAGGAAAGUUGACCUAUUCUAUUGGUCAGCUUGUCCUUCUGUGCGAGAAAGAAAUAUUCCAAACACACUCUGGGACAGUUGUGGGACGCGAUAGAUCCCAAAAUAAUACAACCACUGUACAUUAAAAAACCUUUUAAAAGCAAUGAGGCUGAUGCAACAGAUCACAAUGUUUAGCUUAAAAUGUUGCAAUGCGCACACUGCAGUAGGCUAUAAGCGCAAAUGUUCCAAAAUGCAAUUAGCGGGGAUACACCCUUCUCAAAAGUGCACCGCAAAUGUGAGCGGUUUCAUAUGACCGAGAUGAAAAUAUCCUAAUGACAUUUUGAAAUAGGGAAGAUCCAAAGACGCAUCAACAAGCAUGUGUUGUUAAUAUGACUAGGAUUGUGUCUUUGGCUGCUGGACGACGAAAGUAAGUUGAGGACAUGAGAGAAAUAAGUACUGGUUUCAAUUGCAUAUGAGGAAGUGUUUAUAAAAGAAUCCCCUUAACAUUCCCAUGGUCGGAACAUGGCAAGACAUGCCUCAUAAAAUGACGAAUGUCGGGGUGUUAAACAAUUACGAUGGGAAGGUGGGUGAUGUUGCAGUGUGCAACAGGCACUGGCCUUUCUCUAUCAGAACCAACAGUGACUCAAGUAUGUCGACAGAAUCAAGCCUUUAGAUAUUAAUAAUGAUCCUAAAUUAUAUUUGUCAACCAUGACUGGCCUCUGUAGCUCAACUGGUAGAGCACGGCGCUUGAAACGCCAAGGUAGUGGGUUCGAGCCCCGGGACCACCCAUACACAAAAAUGUAUGCAUGCAUGACUGUAAGUCGCUUUGGAUAAAAGUGUCUGCUAAAUGGCAUAUUAUUAUUAUUAUUAUUUAGUGCAUUCGGAAAGUAUUCCAACCUCUUGACUUUUUCCAAAUUUUUGUUACGUUACAGCCUUAUUCUAAAAAUGUUUUAAAUAAAACAUUUUCCUCAUCAAUCUACACACAAUACCCCAUAAUGACAAAGGAUAACAGGUUUUUAUAAUUUUUCUGAAAAUUUAAUAAAGAUAAAAAACUGAUACCUUAUUUACAUAAGGAUUCAGACCCUUUGCUAUGAGACUCGAAAUUGAGCUCUUGGCUGUGUGCUGUUUGCUAAAAACUAUUUUUGCUUUGUCAUUAUGGGGUAUUGUGUGUAGAUUGAGGGGGAAAAAACAGUUGAAUCAGUUUUAGAAUAAGGCUAUAAUGUAAGAAAAUGUGGAAAAAUGGGUCUGAAUACUUUCUGAAGGCACUAUGUUAUUAAAAGGCUCCUUAAAGUUUGGCUACAUUUUCAGGCGCCUCAUGUCUGCAUCGGUCUGGACAUGUCACCUACACUUUGAGGGUAAUUAUUUAUGUACAUUUACAAACAGUUAUGUUUUUCUUAAUAGAAUAGCUACUGUUUUUCGGUUUUCAAAUCAAUUUAAUUGGCUAUUUUGGUUAAUGGCCUUGGUGCCCUGGCAAAUUGGGGACAUCUUGAAGGCCGAAUGGCCUUGCCCCUAAACUCACGAAAUUCUAGUCCUGGCUAUACCUAAAACAUCAAUUUCAAGUCCCUAAAAAUAGAAAUCAACUCAGCAAGUCUAUUGUCCUGCUGAUAGCCCAUCAAGGGUGGAAUGGCUUCUUUUGUAUCUCAAUAGGUUAGGCUUCGAACGAUUUACACCUGGCCCACAGAUGAGGCAUCGCCAGCUGUGAACUCCGCAGCAUGUUUCAGACAACCGAGGUGAAUGUGGUUGUUCAUCAAAUGUUGCAUUGGUAAAAAUUUUGAAAACAAUUCAACAUGCAUUAUAUAGUGAUGGUUGUAUAUCAAUUACACCUACUGUAGUUGAAAAAAGCUUGCCCAGUUAUCCGAUUGUUUUUUACUGGUUCCACUUCUGUAUUUCAUCACUAGGUGGAGACAUUGACCAUAGUACCCCACACCCUGAGUACCAACCUGUAGGGUCUACCACACGUCUCAUUAGCACCACCAGUUGAAGAGUUCUCCUUAAUUCUCUUCCCCCUGCCCAAUAUGAACUUGUCCAUUCACUUUGGGAUUAUUCUGAAGGCCAUUAAAGACCGAAACGUCAAUCUUUUAAACUUGUUUAGUAAAACGAAUAAUUAAUGGUGAGCGAGCGUUGAGCCUUUUUCCUUUACAAUGGGUUGAUCAUAUAGAAAUAUAAAAACAUUAUUUUAACUCCAAAGCAAUUGCCUGUCUAUGGCACAGGAACCACUGACUCACUGCCUCGUUCUAUAAUCAAGAUACCUGCUGGUAACUCUUAACUGUUAGGACAGCUUAUGGGGUCUCCUAGAUACGGUAUCUGUCGACCACUAGGUGGAACUCUUAUGACUGGAGAGGCUUCAUGCAUAGCAAGUUACGGAAUUAAGACUAAACAGGACGCACUCUUAGGCCUACAACUCAGUGGUGGUUACACAAGGCUACUACUAUAAGAAGCCAUAUAAUGACAUGACUUAUUAUAAUGAUGAUCAUAAUAAUUGUAAUAAUAACAGUAAGGAGAUGAAGAAAAAGGAGGGUAUAGGAGCGAGAGCUGCUUGCAUAUUAUGUGUGACAAACAGGUGGUGUUGGAUUACGAUAGUUUUUCUGCCUGUUUGGAACAGUGUAAACAGCACUAGAUAAGUAAUACCAGCGACUGUUCUAACAAAGAAAUGUGUAAAGCCUUUAUUACAGCAUAGCAAAGAUUAUAAACUGAUGGUUAUUCAUCACUACAGAAAACGCGUUUCCACUGCUCCAGAGUCCAAUGGCGGCGAGCUUUACACCACUCCAGCCGAUGCUUGGCAUUGCGUGUGGUGAUCUUAAGCUUGUGUGCGGCUGCACGGCCAUGGAAACCCAUUUCAUGAAGCUCCCAACGAACAGUUAUUGUGCUGAUGUUGCUUCCAGAGGCAGUUUGGAACUCUGUAGUGAGUGUUGCAACCGAGGGCAGACGAUUUUUACGUGCUACAGCACUCGGCGGUCCCCUUCUGUGAGUUUGUGUGGCCUACCACUUCGAGGCGGAAGUUUCCACUUCACAAUAACAGCACUUAAAGUUGACCGGGUCAGCUCUAGCAGGGCAGAAAUUUGACGAACUGACAUAGGUGGCAUCCUAUGACAGUGCCACGUUGAAAGUCACUGAGCUCUUCAGUAAGGCCAUUCUACUGCCAAUGUUUGUCUAUGGAGAUUGCAUGGCUGUCUGCUCAAUUUUAUGCAACGGGUGUGGAUGAAAUGGCCAAAUCCACUAAUUUGAAGGGGUGUCCACAUCUUUGUAUAUAUAUAUUGUAGUGUAUAUGGAUGAUUUAUAAAGACAGGCACGGUUAACAGUUAGGCUAUUGAUUAUAGACCUAUUAUACUGAACAAAAAUAUAAACGCAACAUGCAACAAUUUCAAAGCUUUUACAGGUCAUAUAAGGAAAUCAUUCAAUUUAAGUAAAUUCAUUAGGCCCUAACGUAUGGAUUUCAAAUGACUGGGAAUACAGAUAUGAAUCUGUUGGUCAACGAUACCUUAAUAAAAAGGUAUGGGCGUGGAUCAGAAAACCAGUCAGUAUCUGGUGUGACCAUAUUUGCCUCAUGCAGCGCAACACUUCUCCUUCGCAUAGAGUUGAUCAGGCUGUUGAUUGUGGCCUGUGGAAUGUUGUCCCACUCCUCAGUGGCUGUGCGAAGUUUCUGGAUAUUGGUGGGAACUGGAACACGCUGUCUUACAUGUCGAUCCAGAGCAUCCCAAACAUGCUCAAUGGGUGACAUGUCUGAGUAUGCAGGCCAUGGAAGAACUAGGAAAUUGUUCAGCUUCCAGGAAUUGUGUACAGAUCCUUGCGACAUGGGGCUGUGCAUUAUCAUGCUGAAACAUUAGGUGAUGGCGGUGGAUGAAUGGCACGACAAUGGGCCUCAGGAUCUCGUUACGGUAUCUCUGUGCAUUGAAAAUGCCAGCGAUAAAAUGUAAUUGUGUUCGUUGUCUGUAGCUUAUGCCUGCCCUUACCAUAACCCCACCGCCACUAUGGGGCACUCUGUUCACAACGUUGACAUCAGCAAACCGCUCGCCCACACAACGCCAUACAUGUGGUCUGCGGUUGUGAGGCCGGUUGGACGUACUGCCAAAUUCUCUAAAACUACGUUGGAGGCAUCUUGUGGUAGAGAAAGUAACAUUAAAUUUUCUGGCAACAGCUCUGGUGGUCAUUCCUGCAAUUAAUAUGCCAAUUGCACGCUUCCUUAACUUGAGACAUCUGUGGCAUUGUGUUGUGUGACAAAACUGAACAUUUUAGUGGCCUUUUAUUGUCCCCAGCACAAGGUGCACCUGUGUAAUGAUCAUGAUGUUUAAUCAGCACCUUGAUAUGCCACACCUGUCAGGUGGAUGGAUUAUCUUGGCAAAGGAGAAAUGCUCACUAACAGGGAUGUAAAUGCAUUUGAUCACAACAUUUUUGAGAAAUAAGCUUUUUGUUCAGUGUAAUUAAGUUGGUGUUUCCUCUCCUCAAUUUUCACUGUUAUGCACAUAGCAACAUAUAGGGAAAGGCGACAAUUCAAUGGUCACUGAAGAUUGUUUCAAAACCGUGGACAGCUACAUUUUUCAGCAUAGGGCUGAGUGACUCACUUAUUUGUGGCUUUCGUUCAAAAUAAGUUAUACUAUAAAGCAGGGUUAAAGACAUUCUGAUUGUCUUUAGCAUACCCAGUCUUUCAUUUGAAUUAUUAUGUGGAUUAUAAUAAAUAUACUUACUUAUUUAGGGGUUGAUACAUUUUUCUUUAGGGAAAAUCAGGUCUGUCUUGAGUUAGAAAUGUAAAACUUUAGAGGACUUAAGCCUCAAAUACAUUAGGCUACACUUUACAAUGGGACUGAACUGUUUAUUUUUUGUAUUCCUUUUUAAUAACUAAAAAUAAUAAUAUAAUUGUUUUUGUAUUUUUUUACCCCCUUUUCUCCCCAAUCUCGUUAUUUCCAAUCGCGAUCCAAUCUUGUCUCAUCGCUGCAACUCCCCAACGGGCUCGGGAGAGGCAAAGGUCGAGUAAUGCUUCCUCCGAAACCUGACCCGCCAAGCUGCGCUGCUUCUUAACACCCGCUCGCUUAACCCGGAAGCCAGCCGCACCAAUAUAAUUCCAAAAUGUUUUGCAUGUCAGCAAUCUAGUUUUAAGAUAUAACUCUCAAACUACAACCGGUAUGAUGUGUUUACCAAAUAGCAUUUUAGCGGCCCCCCUCGUCACAGCGAAGAUAAAAAAUCUAUAUAUUUAAAGUUCAAUUCCUGCAAUUCUACACAUUUUGCCAUAGGGUGGAGGCAAAUGUUUUCCGUUUUUAAUAUGAUAACUGAUGAUCAAUGGGCCCCACCCCGGUCGGUAAUUCGAACAUGCUUACUACAAGUUUAGAUAGCUGGACACUAGACUAACUUACCAAUCAAAAAUGUUCUUGCUGACAUGGGCUAAUUGAGUGACUGCUGAUGCACAACCACAUUUUAAAACUGCACCUUGUGUAUUCUAUUAUUCUAAGUCUCAACAGGAAGUUGAGUUGGUCCGCCGGCCUACAAAUUGGUCAGCGGGCCCAUCCCUGGUGUAGAUGAAAGGGAGGAGAAAGGUUAAAGAAGGAUUCUCAAGCCUUGAGACAAUUGACACAUGGAUUGAGGGUGAAUGGGCAAGACAAAAGAUUUAAGUGCUUUUGAACGUGUUAUGGUAGCACGUUUGUGUCAGAACGCUGCUGGGUUUUUCACGCUCAACAGUUUUCCGUGUGUAUCAAGAAUGGUCCACCACCCAAAGAACAUCCAGCCAACUUGACACAACUGUGGGAAGCAUUGGAGUCCACAUGGGCCAGCAUCCCUGUGGAACGCUUUUGACACCUUGUAGAGUCCAUGCCCCGACGAAUUGAGGCUGUUCUGAGGGCAAAGUGUUGGUAUUCCUGAUUGUGCUCUCAUCAGGCAUUAUAUGACUCAUGAUCAUACAUGGAAUCAGGAAUAUCAACACUUUGUAUUUUCUUAAAUGGCCAAAAAUGUUACUACAGUAACUGUUGGCAUUUCAUUUUCCCGCUGUACCGAAACUGAACUGUGACCCCAAAACCACAAUACGUACCGAACCAUGGGUUUUGGUGAACAUUACACCCCUGGUUCCCUGUAUUAACUCUUAUGUUUCCCUUCCACAGACGUAGUAUUCUUUGUCUACCUGUACCAGCGCUGGAUCUACAGGGUGGAUCCCAACCGGAUGAAUGAAUUUGGCACCAGCGGAGCGGAACCCACUGGAGUGGACCCUAACAAGGACAGCACAGCCACAGGGGAGGUCACAGCCACAGGGGAGGUCACAGCCACAGGGGAGGUCACAGCCACAGGGGAGGUCGCCGCCAUAACAGAAAAAGCAAAGGAGGAGAAGAAGAACGAUUAA